UCUGCUUGUUUCAGUUGGUAUCAUGGUAAUAUUUCGAGAAUUGAUGCUGAGAGAAUGUUACGUGUGUGUAAAGAAGGAAGUUAUUUAGUAAGAGACAGUGAAUCUGAAAAAGGACAAAAAUCUCUCUCACUCAAAAGUCGCAGUUUGAAUAUCCAUGUUAAGAUCACAUGUAAAAUAAAUGGUAUGUUUGUAUUAGGAGAGAAUAGCCGUGAUUUUCAUUCAAUACCGGAGAUGAUAGAUUAUUAUACCCAACAUUUAUUACCUUUAAAAGGUGCCGAACAUAUAACAUUGAUACAUCCUGUAGAUAGUAAGUGGGCUGACCAAAACCUGUGAUAUUUAUACAACCAUUCCACUUCCCUGGAUACUUUACAACACUUAUAACUACAACAUCAACCUACAACAUCAACCUUACCAUAGCCUCAACCUUACUACACCAACUACAGUGUUUACUAAGUUAUAGAGGGACAAUUGGUCGUUGAUCUUUAAAAUAAGAUUUUUGGACUUCAAAACUUUAGAUUAAUUUGGCUUUGUUUUAUUUAUAGUUAAAUCUGAUUUAAUGUUUUGUGUUUUGUUCUGUAGGUUAUUGUACUUGCCAUCAAUGAUCUGACAAGAUUCUUUCUUAUUUCAUGUUCUGUAGAAUUUUGGCCUAAUAGUAUCAAAAGUUCUCAUAAUUUAUGUUAAUCAAUCAAAACACACAAAUCAAUAUUUUAAAAUGAAUAUCCCAGAAUUCCUCACGUAUGGAAAGAAAAAUCUUUUUAUGAACAGAGCAUUUGAUUGGUUGAAUAUUCAAUGACCUAGAACAGGAGAUGCCUAACAAUUUCCUCAGAUAAUAGAUAGCAUGGAGUUAUCUGCACCUGUUUAUUAUCAAGGAAUGGAAGAUCUAAUUCUAUAUAUUUAUUGUUGGAAGGUCUUCCCACAAAACACCAUAAAAAAACCUGAAAAUUCCAGCUUUAGCACUAAUAAAAUUUGUCAGUUUUGUCCAUUGAUUGUACCAAAAAACUCUCUGAUAGUCAUAAUAUUUUAACAUUGAUGUAUAUUGGCGGCCUAAGCAACCAAAACAGCAAUUUACCCCAAUUUGCUUGUAAUAUUAUUGUAAUGAGACAGCCUUAUUUUCUCGAGAUAUCAUUCAAUUUUUAUUGCAAAUUUUGUAGUAACACCAGUCCCAGUCAUUAUUUUCUAAGCAAGUUGUUUUUUUAAAUAUCAGUUUACAAUCAUAUCAUUAUCCUGUGUUUAUUUAUACUGAGUUUGUUUAUUUAAUUGUUGAUAUAUUCAUGUAAAUAUGGUCAUUUUUCAAUAUAGGAAAUUACAGGCUUAGCAUGGCGUUUUUUCUCACUGGCUUAACAUUCACUGCCAUUAAUCAAGGACGAAGUUUUCAAUUCUAGUGGCUUGGCUACAAUCUCACAAAGUAGUUUCAAUCUUGGUUUAUGUUUCAAAUUUUUAAGAAACAGUUUAACAGUCUGUGUAGAAUUUGGAGACUAUGUUAUUUAUAUUUGUGUCAAUGCAAAAUUUUCGAUCAUUUUACCUGUGAACACUGGUCUCUGUGACCUAGGCCAGUGCUUUCAUUGAGACUGGUCUCAAUACACUCUUACGUCUGAUUAUAUCACUUUGUAACAAAUAUAUUAUCUUCCUGCCUUCAAGCUUUGCAAAAUUAAUUUGGCCCUUUAUGACAUUAAUGUAUCAUGAUGCAGCCUGAAAUAUUUUUAAAUCAUUACUUAUUGCCAUAAUCCAUAAUCAAAAGCUUUUAUCAAAAUAUAAUUUAAAUGCUCACUCAUCAGUUUAUGUUUUAUAAUAUAUACAUAUACUCGUAUUCUUGUAUUGCUUUAAGUAUGUUACAUCUUCAUUCUCAAGUUCUGUCUUAAUCCUGUGAAUUCAAUCCUAAAGAUUGUCACUUUUCAGUCCCCCAUUUCUUACCCAACUCCUAAAUAUUUGGAAAAAGUCAUAUUUUACACAAUUGUUUGUACACAGCAGUAUUUUGAGAAUUUUUAUAUGUUAUUUGUUUUUGAGUAUUAGAAACCAUGUACAGAAUGAUCCAUACAAGAUCACCAGCUAAAAGAAAUUGGCAGCCAUUAUUAUUUCUGCUUUUGCUUUCAGACUCAUUGCAGAUUAUAAUUUUUACAAUUUAUCGAAGAUCUUUGCCUUUGAUGUCAAAAUGGUAAUAAUCACUAUGUCAAAUUUAUGCACAUCCGAGCCAUCAUUUAGAAUAGUAUAUUUUCAGUGUUUGACCAUUGAUGCAAUGUUGAGUGUAUGGCCAUAUUAUUUUAACCUACAAUGAUUUCGGUCAGCUACUUAUUCUACCUAUUCUUGUCAAUGUUUUGAUGGAUGUGCAUGAAUUAAUGUGAGGCUAUGCUACAGAUUGUAUUGUAUAUUUGUAGAGAUUUUAAUUCUGUGGUAAUGUCACUUAAAACAUUACUAUUUACUAACAUUACAAAUAAAUAUUUAACUCAU